UCGCUCAGUACCGCAGCACGCCAGCGCACGCCUCCGAUGAAAGUACUGGAACACUUACGACUUUCUAUCAACUUUGGUGAAUGUUUCCAUUGGUGAAUAGAACCCUACAUUAGUUGGAAGUAUAAUAUCAUCGGAAUAAAUUGUCGUUGUUUUUGAUCUUUACGGUGAAAUUGGUGAUAUCAAAACGAAAUUGAUAAGAACUUUAUAGAAACGAAAGUGUUGUGUUGAUCGUGAUCAGAUUGAGGUCUUAAUCUUUGUGACAAAUCGUGACGAUAAAAGAAUAGUUUGACAUCGUUCACCUUGUACACAACCAUGGAUUUAAGGAAUCAUAUCUUCGGAAGAAGGUCGCGAUCGCAAGCGGCAUCAUGGGUCAAGAGCAAUCGUACCUCGGUCAUGCCAGUGUUGCACCAGUAAAAAAAUAUCAAGACAAAUACGAAGAUCCCAUACAGUACAGAGCUUCAUCUAUCGAUUACCGAACGAGCGACUACGAAAUAAAAGAUUAUAGACGCCAUAAAGUUAGACGAAGUGCAGACAGCUUUAAAAGUGAUAAUUCUUCAACGGAAAGCAGUGGAUAUCGAAGCGGUUCAAGUGGCUACGAAUGCCGCUCGGAGAGAUCUUCUAAUUGCGAUUAUUAUUGCACAUCUCUUUACAAGAACGGCCAUUAUAAAGCUAUAAAUAAGGAACUUUACAAACCUGUCAAAAUACCUAAAGAAAAACGGCUCAAACAAUUGAACGACGAGAAAGAGGAAAUAAAGAGCGCUAGGUUAAAAAGUUACCUAAGCGACGCAGAGAAAGCUAAACUUAGGUCAGAACCGUCGCCAAAAAAAGCUGGCAUAAGAAAUUACACUCCUAAAAUAAUAUCGUCUGAGGAGCAGAGAAAAAAGUUAGAGAAUUGGAUAUAG